AAUAUAUUAACCAAGUGGUAAACGACGGUUUUAUAGAAAGUAUGUGUUCGGGAGAUAGGUAUAUAUAAACCACAAAGACGAAUGAUAUAUACACAAAGCCUUCCUUCUCUUGCGAUCAUCAUGAAGGCCUUGGUUAUCCUAAGCGUUGGCUUAUGCUUAACUCUAGCUGCGGAAUCCGAGAAGAAGGAGAUAGCGCAGGAGAGCAAGAAACAAGAAAAACGCGGCCUUUAUGGUCUUGGAGACCAUGGGGGAGGAUUCGACUUUGGCGGCCAUGGUUACGGAGGAGGUGAUUAUGGAGGUCAUGAACAUCACGAGCACGUCAAAACAGUAGUGGUAGAAAAGAAAAUUCCAACUCCUUACGAAGUAAUCAAGCACGUACCUUAUACUGUAGAGAAAAAAGUACCUUACGAAGUCAAAGUACCGGUACCACAACCUUAUGAAGUUAUCAAGAAGAUACCAGUGCCAGUAAAAGAAAUCAUCAAAGUACCAGUAGUUGUACCACAACCUUAUGAAGUAAUUAAGAAAGUUCCUUACGAAGUGAAAGUACCAGUACCCAGACCUUACGAAGUUAAAAUCCCAGUACCUCAGCCUUACACUGUAGAAAAGAAGAUUGGAGUACCAGUCAAAGUGCCAGUUCCACAACCCUAUACUGUUUACAAGAAAGUACCUUAUCCAGUCAAAGUUGAAGUACCAGUACCACAACCUUACACUGUCGAAAAGAAAGUACCAUAUGAAGUGAAAAUCCCUGUCGACAGACCAUACCCAGUCCAUGUACCAAAGCCAUACCCCGUUACAGUUGAAAAACAUGUACCUUACCCAGUAGAAAAACACGUUCCCUAUGAAGUCAAAGUACCUAUCGAUAAACCUUAUCCCGUUAUUGUACAUAAACCAGUACCUGUACAUGUGAAAGUACCAGUACCUCAACCUUAUUCUGUAGAGAAAAAGUAUCCAGUAGAAGUUGCAAAACCAGUUCCAGUACCAGUUAAGGUCCACGUUGACAAACCUUAUCCAGUUAUCAAAGAAGUGCCUGUUCCAGUAGAAAAAGCCGUACCUUAUCCCGUCAAAGUACCAGUAGCGGUCCCUGUACAUGUCCCUCAUCAUCACGAAGAAAUUGGAGGUGAUUACGGCGCCCAAUCUGAUUUUGGAGGUAACGGAGAUUACGGCAGCCACGGAGACUUUGGUGGUCAUGGUGGUUACCAUUAAAAACUUCGUUAAUGUUGUUGUUAGGUCUUUUAAAUUGAUAUAUAGUAAAUAACAAUUUUGGUUAGUUAAAUCGACGUAAUCAAAAUUGUUAAGUACUAUAGAAAAAAUGCCACAUUCUCGUUAUGCGAUGUUGUUAACAUUAAGGAAUACUCUAUGUCGAUAAUAUCUAAUUUUCGAAUUUUCUCGAAACCAAGAA